UACCCUAACAACUCUAAGCCCGCCUAUUUAAGCUCUCUGCAUUUCCUUUCUUCGCCGAAAUCGAGAGUGCUUCUCAACCGCCUCUGUUUAAGUGCGGUGUUUCGGGGCAUGGCGGAUUCGGAUCGGGUUAAGGGGCCGUGGAGCACGGAGGAGGAUGAUUUGCUGAGGAAGCUUGUGGAGCAGCACGGCGCUAGGAACUGGUCGUUGAUAAGCAAGUCGAUUCCAGGGAGAUCGGGGAAGUCGUGUCGGUUGCGGUGGUGCAAUCAGUUGUCGCCGGAGGUGGAGCACCGGCCGUUCACGCGGGAGGAGGAUGAGGUCAUUGCGAAGGCGCACGCGCAGGUCGGGAAUAAAUGGGCGACUAUUGCUCGAAUGCUGAAUGGACGCACCGAUAACGCGAUCAAAAACCACUGGAAUUCGACGCUGAAGCGGAAGCAUUCCGCCGUGAUUGGAGGAGGAGAGCCGCGGCCAGGGCGGAUUCUGAAGCGAGCGGACAGCGCCGACGUCACGGCGCCGCCGCCGCCUGGAUUACGAGUAAGUCGCGAUAGUUCCUCCGAAUCUGACAUUAGCUAUUCUAGCAACAACGAUCACGAUCCGGCCGCUGCGAAGAGUGUACGGAUGGCUUUACCUUUGCAGGCGGUGGAGCCUCGAGUUGUUUCAGAGAAGGAGAACGAUCCUUCCACCGUGUUGACUCUAUCGCUGCUUGCGCCUGGAGCAAAUGACGGCGUUUCUUCGUUACAGCGUGAUCAGCCGAGUUACCGCCGCGGUGACAGCACCGAGGCUGCGGCGGCGCCGCCGGUGAAGUCAGAGAAUACUCUGACGUUGAGUCCUGAAUUGCUGUCGUUGAUGCAGGAAAUGAUCAGAAAGGAAGUUGAAAAUUAUUAUUCAGCACUUGUUCUUAAGGAUGGCGUUAGGAACGCAGAAGUGAAACGCAUUGGCAUUGGCAAAACAAACUAAAUCAGCUUAAACGCUUUCAGGAAAAACGAUGAUGGACUUAUAAUUGUCCUUUGAAUUCUGGAAUUCAAAUGGAUUGUUUGGGUGCUGAAAAUUAGUUUAAUUAAUGAAUUCUAUACAGUAGUGGUGGAUGUUUGAUUUGGAAUGUCAUAUUUUAACCCAACGUUUUUGUUUU